CACUUGUUUUUAGUCAUUGAUCGGAGUUGCCAGCUCGUUUCCUCCCUCCUUCUUCCUUCUUCCCAUAUUGCCCCUUUGCCCUCCAUAUGGACCGACCCAAACCCUAAAUCAAACGUUUCAUGGAAGAUUCAAACCUCCUCCUGCAAUUCCUCUCUACCAUUUUUUUCUUCUUUGCUCGCUUCCACCACACCAUCGCUGCAAGCUUCAACUUUUGAUUUUUUUUCCCACUUAGCUCCUAAGCUUCAUCAAGAAUUCCGCCACAAGGAAAAUCAUUUCUUCCUUUUGACGGGCACACUAUUUAGAUGGCUGAAAGCUGGGAUGGCAAUCUUGAAAUUGGUAGCCCAUCAGAUGAUAGCUACCAUUUUGAGAGACUAUAUUUGGAACCUACAUAUGAUGCAUUUAUAUGCCCUCUUACAAAGCAAGUAAUGCGUGAUCCUGUAACUAUUGAAAGUGGGCAAACUUUUGAAAGGGAAGCAAUUGAGAAAUGGUUUAAUGAAUGCAAGGCAAGCAGAAGAAAUCCUGUUUGCCCCUUGACACAAAGAGAAUUGAGAACCACUGAGUUGAAUCCAAGUAUAGCCUUGCGGAACACCAUUGAAGAAUGGAAUGCACGUAACGAAGCUGCUCAGCUUGAUAUGGCUCGCAGAACACUCUCUCUAGGAAGUGCAGAGACUGAUAUUCUGCGAGUGUUGCAUACUCUUGAGCAUCUCUGCCAGAAAAGUAGCUCUAAUACCCGUGUAAUCCGCAAUGCAGAGCUGAUACCAAUGAUUAUAGACAUGUUAAAGAGCACCAGUCGCAGAGUUCGGCGCAAAGCUCUUGAAACUCUUCGAGCUGUUGUAGUGGAUGACACUGAAAAUAAGGAAAUAAUGGCUGAGGGUGAUACUGUUCGGACAAUAGUAAAAUUCUUAUCCCAUGAGCAAUCCAAAGAGAGAGAAGAAGCGGUGUCUUUGUUAUUUGAGCUAUCCAAAUCUGAGUCAUUGUGUGAAAAGAUUGGUUCAAUUAAUGGAGCAAUUCUCAUCCUAGUUGGAAUGGCAAGUAGCAAUUCAGAAAAUCUUGUUACUGUUGAGAAUGCAGAAAAGACCCUGGAAAAUCUGGAAAAAUGUGAAAGCAAUGUAAGACAAAUGGCAGAAAAUGGUAGAUUACGACCUCUUAUGGGACUACUACUUGAAGGAUCAAAUGAGACCAAGCUUUCAAUGGCUGCAUUUCUAGGUGAGCUGGUCCUUAACAAUGACUUGAAAGUCUUAGUAGCUAGGACUGUUGGUUCUUCACUGAUUAAUAUCAUGAAACAUGGUAACGUUCAAGCUAGAGAGGCCGCUUUAAAAGCUUUAAAUCAAAUAUCAUCGUAUGAGGUCAGUGCCAAGGUCUUGAUAAGAGAAGGUAUACUUUCCCCCCUUGUCAAAGAUCUCUUCACCAUUGGUGCCAAUGCACUGCCCAUGCGACUAAAAGAAGUCUCUGCAACAAUUUUAGCAAAUAUUGUAACCUCAGGCAAUGAUUUUGAUUCUGUUUCGUUUGGUCCUGAUCAUCAGACUUUGGUCUCUGAGGACAUUAUUCAUAACUUUCUCCAUCUUAUCAGCAACACUGGACCUGCAAUAGAAUGUAAGCUUCUUCAGGUCCUUGUUGGACUGACCAGUUCCCCCACCUCAGUAAUCAGUGUUGUAUCUGCUAUUAAAAGCUCAGGUGCUAUAAUCAGUUUGGUUCAGUUUAUUGAGGCUCCGCAGAAGGAUCUGAGAGUGGCUUCCAUAAAACUUCUCCAGAAUCUCUCUCCACAUAUGGGUCAGGAACUAGCAGGUUGCUUAAGGGGUACGUCUGGUCAGCUUGGUAGCCUAAUCAAGGUCAUAUCAGAGAAUGUUGGUGGUAUAGCUGAGGAACAAGCAGCAGCUAUAGGACUUUUAGCUGAUCUACCAGAACGAGACGUGGGCCUUACAAGGCAGAUGCUUGAUGAAAAGCUCUUCCAACUUGUCAUCUCCAAGGUAGAAGGCAUCCAACAGGGAGGAAUAAGAGGUAGCCGCUUUGUAACUCCAUAUCUAGAAGGGCUUGUGAAAGUUCUUGCAAGGAUCACUUUUGUGCUGUCUAAUGAGCCAGAUGCUCUUGCUCUUUGUCGCGAAUAUAAUGUUGCUUCACUUUUCAUUGAACUUUUGAAAAUGAACGGGCUUGACAAUGUGCAGAUGGUAUCUGCUAUGGCUUUGGAGAACCUAUCCCAAGAAUCCAAGAAUUUGACCAGAUUGCCUGAGUUGCCUAAGCCUGGCUUUUGUGUAUCCAUCUUCCCUUGUUUAAGCCAGCCGCCUGUUAUAACUGGAUUGUGUAAAGUUCAUCGUGGAACAUGUUCGCUAAAAGAAACCUUUUGUCUUUUGGAAGGGCAGGCUGUGGAAGAGUUGGUGGCCCUCCUAGACCAUACCAAAGAGAAGGUGGUUGAGGCAUCACUCGCAGCUCUGGCAUCUUUAUUGGACGAUGGCGUUGAUAUUGAACAAGGAGUGCAGGUAUUAUGUGAAGCAGAAGGAAUCAAGCCCAUACUUCAGAUAUUACUUGAGAAACGCACCGAGAAUCUGAGGAGAAGAGCUGUUUGGGCAGUUGAGAGGCUUCUACGCACUGAUGAUAUAGCUUAUGAGGUUUCAGGUGAUCCAAAUGUGAGCACAGCACUAGUGGAUGCUUUCCAGCAUGCUGAUUAUCGUACACGACAGAUUGCUGAACGGGCGUUGAAGCAUGUUGAUAAAAUCCCAAAUUUCUCUGGUGUCUUCCCGAACAUGGGAUAGGGAUCAGCAAAUGGUUUCCUUCGCGUUGAGGUCCUUGUAUUUAUUUCCACUCUAGAGGUUCUUAAGAUAAAAUCUAAAUUGUUUAUUGUUCUGUGAAGAGUCAGAUGUGCAGGUAUAUACAUUGCUUCCCAAUUUUCUUCUUUGUAGAUGGUUUUAUAUUUUCAUUUUUCUUCUCUCCCAUGGUCCAUUUUUUCUGGUCAUAAUCUAUCUUUGGUCUUCAUUUACUCAGCUCUAUAGGUUGGAAUGUGAUAUUAUUUUUGCUAUUACUGCCAAUUCUGUACUUUUCUUGUGUAGCACACCUCAAACAAUCAAAGGUUACUUUUGUAUCUUUUUGCAAUGUAUGGAGUAUGGAUUAAGCAUUAAAAA